UAUUCUCUAUUUGGGCCACAGACACACUGUAGUUUUCUGUCAGUUUUUUUUUGUCCACGGUUAGCUCUUGGGUUACUACCAUUUGCUGGGGAAAUUACUGCCUGGAUAAGCUUAUUUACUUUUUAAUGUUGUGGUUGAUUUGAAUUCCCUGGCACCAUCUUGUGGGUGUUGAGAUUAAUGUUUUCUUAAGGUUAUAUUAAGGAAUUCUGCUGCCCCAGUUCUUUGCACUUUAAAGGCACUUAAGCAGUCACCGGAUUCAAUUUUUGCAUGUAUUUUAGACUGGGUGAUUCCUGUGGUCAUUUUAUUAUUUUUCAUUUUUUGUCCAUGUGUGCUUUUCACUCAGUUUUAGUGCCAUUCAGUCCCAGUUUCUUCUUAUCAGUGGAGUGGAAAUUGGGAAUGGAAGUUAAAUACAGAACUAAUUUUUUCUUUGGAAAUAAAAAAAAAAUAUCAAAAAGACAAUGAGUGUAAAUCAUAGUUAAGUUGAUUUCAGAGACAUAACUGCACCAAAAAAACUAAAAAUUUACACUGUCAAACUCAGAUACUAGCUAAAAUCUGAGCUAAGAAAGGUGUAGGUUUAUACUUAGGAACUUUUUUUUUUUUUUAAAAAAAAGGCAGUAUUAAAACGUGUUGUUGGCUUUUCUGUGAACGGGUAUUUGCCCACUGAUACAGCCUGAAAUAAAGCAAUUGCAAGAAGAAGGCCUCAUACUGUGAUGUGGAGGUUUCUAAUCUCAGGAAAGGAAGAGACAAUUUGGCAGAGGCCGCUUUCUCUAUUAGCCCCCCAGGCAUUUGGGAUUCGGGACAUGGACUCCCUGCAGUUUUCUGUGAGGUUUCUUGUCCGUGGAUAGCUUUUCGGUCACUACCAUUUGCUGGGAAAUUACUGCUUGGACAAAGCAGAAGGGAAAAUGGCGAGUACCCCCAAAUUAAGCCUAUCUAAAGCAAAAGAGCCCAAUGCACUACUAAAGACAAUAUUUUAUAUGCGUUGGGCCCUUUUCACAGAUACAUGUAGGGGAAGAAGCUGGUUUCUGUGAGGCUGUAUAAUCUGUUGCUCUAGUGGAGCCUGCAACAGGCUUGAAGAUGUUUAGGUUUGCUUAUUUUUUUUUAAUCUGGUUUAGAAAAUGCAAGUCUCACCACAGUUUCUAACUAAAAAUCUGGCUUUAAAAACAUAAAUAGGGGCUACUUCAUCCUUCUGAUAUGCUAAAUAUGAUAGAAAAUCGUGUGUUCUAUCAUGUAGUCUGUUAAUGGCUCUACAAUGCAAGUCAUGAAAGAUUUCAUGAAAUGAAGAAAGAAACCAAGUGCACCUGAGUCAUUGGAAAUAACAAUAAUGUGAUCCAUCAUGUGGCCCUGAAAAAGCCAUUUUAGAGGAUUAGAGUGUCAUAUUAGGCUAUGCAGAAUAUUUAUAGCCACCUUAUAAAAUUCUUCAUGGCUUGAGUGAGUAACUUCUUGAUAAGUAAAUAAAAUAUCACCCUACAUUGUACAUUUUUCAUAUUUUCUCUUACCCAGAUAUUUACCUGUAUAUCCCCACCUUCCGCUUUAAUAAUGAACAUAACAUAAAUAUGUCACUGCUGUGGAGGAUUGCUUUGAAGUGAAAGCACACAUUGGGCAUGUAGUCACCGGAGUAACUUCUGUUACAGCAACGGCUCCUUUUAGUAAUAGCAUGAGAAAAUCUCUGGUAUCUGAUCAUGUUUUUAAGGGAUAUUUGUGUGCUAUGGUUGGCUAUGACUUGGGUCAGCUAGUAAAGUAUACUGUUGUUUUCUGACUUUGAGAAUGUGUCUUACAACCAUAACAUCCUUGACAUCACCUCGUAGAACUCACUGGGCUCAGCUAAAUAAAUUUCUACGAGGUAAUGAGGUGGCCUAGUGAAAGAAUGGACGUGUGCAGCUUUGAACUUGUUCAAAUCUAAAUUUCAUAUAAACUAGUCUAGAUUUACCCUUGUGGGAGGAAAUAACACUUUUAUCCUGUGCUAGAAUUUGGUUUCUUUCUGUUCUUUUCAGAAACUGUACUCAAGGCAGUACUGUCUGGUUAUCAUUGAGAAUUACAGGUUGAAGUCCUUCCCUAGAGGUAUAAGCGAGUCAGAGCUGCAAUCAAACCAUCCAAGGCAUCUCUUUCAGGCUGGAAUUUUAGUGUUUUGAUGUCAAUGAAGAGCAGGAUACCUCUCAUUCUUCUAGCCUGUGGCUCCUUUAACCCCAUCACAAAUAUGCAUAUGCGUUUAUUUGAGCUGGCUAGAGACCACCUGCACCAAACAGGAAGAUACCAAGUAAUAGAAGGCAUAAUAUCUCCUGUCAAUGAUGACUACAGGAAGAAAGGUUUGGUUUCAGCAAGGCACCGGGUAGCAAUGGCGAAACUAGCACUAGAGACAUCUGACUGGAUUCGAGUUGAUCCAUGGGAGAGCGAGCAGGAGACGUGGACAGAGACAGUAAAAGUGUUAAGGCACCAUUACAAUGAAUCGCUCAGACUGCUGCAGUACAAGAAGGAAUUCAUGAAAAACAAACAGCCCUUAGAAAGAUCUACAGAGAAUUCCCUUUCUUCCCACUACACAGUUCUACCAGAAUUAAAGCUACUUUGUGGGGCUGAUUUUCUACAGACGUUUCAGACACCCAAUCUCUGGAAGAAAGAGCAUGUCAAAGAAAUUGUGGAGAAGUUUGGUUUGGUCUGUAUAAGCCGUGCUGGCUCUGACCCUGCUCGGUAUAUCAGUGAAUCAGAACUUUUAACUAAAUUUCAGCACAAUAUCUUUCUGGUGAAAGAAUGGAUUCAGAAUGAAAUAAGUGCAACACAGAUACGUUAUGCCUUGUGCAGAGGAUUAAGUGUAAAAUACCUUGUCCCAGAUUCUGUCAUAUCCUACAUUGCACACCAUAAUAUCUACACAGAAGAAAGCGAGCGGAAGAAUGAGGGUGACUUGCUUCAGCCUCUUAGGUUGCAUAACACAACAGUAAGCCCGCUGAAUGACUGAUGCCAGUAGUGUGUGGAGAGGACAGACGUUGCAUUUUUUCCAUGUGAAAUUUUGGAAAGGCAUUUCUCGUUAUUAAGGGGAAAAUACAUCAGCCCAAAAUUUCUUGAACUCAUGCACUGUUUUAAAUUCAUGUUUUCGUUUGUGGCAAUGCUUUAUCAAAUCAGCACACUCAGUUGAACACAUUGAAAAUAGAAGAAAUAAGAUCUUAGCAAUAAAUAAUAAUCUCCAGUAAUACUUAAGGUCAAAUAUCGUACUUUUCUGAACUGUAAUUCUUUAAUCCUACAGGCAGUUUAGGAUGAAGAUGCCUUACUGUUCUGAAGCAGCAAAAUUAAAUGAGUCAUAACUUCUCCUUAUAUAUAUAUAUAUAUAUAUAUAAAUAU